GCUUGCUGUCGGUUUCGUUCGGCCACUCUCUCCUACACUUCUUUUGUGUGUGUCUUUGAAAUGUGCUUCCUCUGCUCUUUCUGCUCCUUUGACAGAAAUACAUGCAGAGGAAAGGCUUCCUGAGAGGCAGACAGACUAGCCUUAGCCUGACCUUGCCUAAAUGCUGCUGAUUGGUGUGUCAUGUCGAUCUGCCUUUGGCUUGACGAAAAAAUGAAGUUUUGCGAAAGAGUUAUAUGAGUUUGAGGAGAAACAAAGGAAGGAGGGGGAGAGUUGGAAGGACAGUAGUAAGUGCAGUGGUGUGUGUUUUAUCAAAAACAGAAGGAGAGAAAUCUAUCUGUGGCACAGAACAAGAACAGAUGAAGAAGUGGCACUGGGGGGCCGGUGGUCAGCAGCGACAGUGUGGCUUUUGCUCCCUGACCCUUCAGCAGAGAAGGGGGCACGUCUUCCUCUGUGCCCCAUGGAUCUUAACUCCAACCCAGGGGGAGACAGAGACCGGAUGACAGCCAACCAUGAGACCUACCUUCUUAUGGCCAGCACCCAGAAUGACAUGGAGGAUUGGGUGAAGACAAUCCGCAGGGUCAUCUGGGCACCUUUCGGUGGAGGGAUCUUUGGUCAGAAGUUGGAGGAGACGGUGCGGUAUGAACGCCGGUUCGGGAACAAGCUCGCCCCUAUGCUGGUAGAGCAGUGUGUGGAUUUCAUCCGGCAGUGGGGCCUCCAGGAGGAGGGCCUAUUCAGGCUGCCUGGACAGGCCAACCUGGUCAAAGAGCUGCAGGAUGCCUUCGACUGUGGAGAAAAACCCUCUUUUGAUUGUAACACAGAUGUACAUACAGUAGCUUCUCUACUGAAGCUGUAUCUCAGAGAGCUGCCGGAGCCUGUCAUCCCCUUCCACAAGUAUGAUGAGUUCCUGGCAUCCGCCAAGCUCCUUGGCAAGGAUGAUAAAAUGGGUAUGAAGGAGUUGAGAAGGCUUGUGGAAGGUCUACCUCCAGUGAACUACAACCUUCUCAAGUACAUCUGCAGAUUUCUAGAUGAAGUCCAGUCAUAUUCAGGAGUGAAUAAAAUGAGCGUUCAGAACUUGGCCACAGUCUUUGGGCCCAAUAUCUUGAGGCCAAAGGUUGAGGAUCCAGUAGCUAUUAUGGAAGGUACUGUUCUGGUCCAGCAGCUCAUGGCCGUUUUGAUUGGCCACCACGAUGUGCUAUUCCCUCACAAUGAGGACAGCCCCACAGCCCUCGAGCUUGUCAACAACAACAACAUCCAACUACCGCGGCGACAAGCCACCACAACUACCUCCACCAUCACCACAGUGUCUCAGAACGCCGAGAACAACAACACACAGGUGGUCCGGCAGUGUGUUUGGGAAACACCCGAGUCUCCCUCGCACCGCCAACACGUAGACAACAGGGGCUCCCCGCGAUCAGCAAGCCCUCGUAAUGGUGUCGUAGGACGCUUUGACAUCACCCGCAGUCCACCGCUGACUGUUAAAAAGAACCCGGCGUUCAGUAAAGGCAGUGGGAUUGUUACAAAUGGUUCCUUCCACUCCUCAGACCCCAAUCAAGAAAAGGGCCAGACUCUGAGUGGAGGUGGGAGUCUACCAGUCCGGCGCAGUGGGACGCUCAAAGGCUCAGGCACAAAAAUGGGCACCAGUGGUGUAGCAAGUGGAAGCAGCACUGGAGGGAACGGGACUGGAGUUGUGCGCAUGGGCAUUUCGGGCACUGAUGUGGUCACAGGGAGUCUGAACGGCCGCAAUGGCCUUUGGGUACCAAAUGGCUGCGUCACAUUACGGGGGAACAAUAAGACGCACGACUGCUCCAAUGGGGAACAAACAACCAAUCAGAAUCGUCUGUCCACAUAUGAUAAUGUCCAGUUAAACCACCAGAACCUGCAUCUGCAGAACCAGAUAACCAGCACGUGUCUGAACAGCAGCUGUGAGGACAAACAGAGCGUAGACAGCGCCACCUGGUCCACCUCCUCCUGUGAAAUCUCUCUUCCUGACAACUCCACUUCCUGUCGUUCCUCCACCACUACCUGUCCUGAGCAGGACUUCUACGGAGGUCACUAUGAAGACUUGGAUGGACAAGCACAGGAUAAUGAACCUCCCCAGUCUGGUGGAGGAGGAGGAGAGGGGGAGGGCAGAAUCAGCAACAGGGAAGGAGGUGGAGAUGGAGCUGGGAGGAGCAGUCGGGGCACCAGCAGUAGUGAUAAUAGUGAUGGUUUCACUGUUGGUAAUGGACCCGGCAGCCACAGCGCUCUGCACAGCUUAGUGGCCAGUCUUAAGCAGGAGAUGCACAAGCAGAAGAUUGAGUAUGAGGCCAGGAUAAAGAGCUUGGAGCAGCGCAACCUUGAGCUGGAGACAGAAAUGAUGAGCCUCCACGAGGAGCUGGACCAGGAGAGGAAGAAGUAUACCAUGGCGGAGAUCAAGCUGCGCAACGCUGAGCGCGCCAAGGAUGACGCGGAGCGGCGAAAUCAGAUGCUGCAGAAAGAGAUGGAACAGUUUUUCUCCACAUUUAGUGACCUCACCGCAACUGGCAACACCACAGCCGCCGACCCCCGCCGACCAGAUCGAAACAACCCCAUCUGGAUACAGUGAAGGAAGCAAGGGAAUGUGGGCUGAAAUGCUAGGGAAGACUGGAAAUUGUUAAUUAUAUGAUGUGAACAUGAUGCAGGCUCCAAACAGGUUUUGGCUGCUCGUUGUAGAAGGCAAGUUGGGAAGUUAAAUUGCAAAGGUCAAGGGCAUGUUUUAAUUUAAGAAAUAAGAAAUAAGUGGUGUACGGCUAAUGCAAGCCACCUGUAUAAAUAUAGACAUCACCUGGAGUGAUGUCAAAGUGACAGUAUUUGUAAAUACAGCAAUAUUUAAACAGUUUUCAGACACUCUACAACCUUCUUAUAAACUUGUGGUACUCACUCAUCUGACUUGGAGGUGGAGGGAAGGGACAGUACACCGUAGUCUCUGAUGAUGUACAGUACUACUAUUAUUUUAUAUUAGCUCCCAGAGCCAGAUAGGAGGGAAGGCAAAACAUUUAAAAAGAUUGUGUUCGUCAAAGAAAUAAAAACAAUAGAAUAAAUUACCAACUUUGGACCUGAAAACAGCUGAAGACCAUGCCAAAAGUCCUCCAUAUCUUACUUUCCCUUUUUAAAAUCGAACCAAAAACCAUCGUAUUGUUCCAUGUAAUUCUGUAACUGCUAAUGUACAUAGAGGGAAGCAAUGCAGAAAAACACAGCAUCCUACGUAUGUAAAGAGAAAUGAAAGUAGUACUUAAAUGUUUAUCUGAUAUUUAAGCAAAGUUAUCAAUGUGUGAUACUUUAUAUUAAGAUUUUUUCCUUGCACUUACAUGUCUGUUUAGUGUCUCAGCAAGGUGGUACUGAAUGUUCUGUCGGUCAAUGUGUGUAUCAUUUAAAUUGGACAAUAUACUGUAUAUGUGCCUGUGCUUCUGUGCUGUUACAAUUACCCCAUGACCAAAAAAAAAAAAAGAGCCUUUACUGUAAAUAUUUU